AAAAAAAAAAAGAAGGAAAAUUGGGAAGGAAGGAAGUAAAUUUUUGAUCCACACUCCAUUCCAGUUGGUGGCGGAAAUACACCAUUUUGUUGUUUGUCAACCGCCAAUAAAAUUUCAAGAAGAAGAAGAAGAAGAAGAAGGUGUUUGUGUGUGAAGCAGCAGCAUGUCAACAAAGAGUCUGGCGAAGGAGCUGGGUCUGAUCAGGAAGCGCAGUCACUCAUCUGGAGCUCAUCAGCGGCCGUCUGUCUGCAAGCAGCGCUUCUCUUUCCUGAUCAUCAUUGACUUUGAGUCCACCUGCUGGAGAGAGAAGAGCAGCUGCGGCCAGGAGAUCAUUGAGUUUCCGGCCGUCCUGCUGAACGUGUCGAACGGAGAGGUGGAGUCAGAGUUCCACUCGUACGUCCAGCCGCAGGAACACCCUGUACUGUCAGCCUUCUGCACGGAGCUCACCGGCAUCACACAGGGUCAGGUGGAGUCCGCCCCUCCUCUCCACAUCUGUCUGUCCAGAUUCACUCGCUGGCUGCAGAGUCUCCAGCAGGAGAGGGGCGUGGUCUUUGAGACGGACAGCACAGGCCCCGCCCCCUCCGGACACCCCUGUGCGUUUGUCACAUGGUCAGACUGGGAUCUGGGAGUCUGUCUGCUGUACGAGUGCAAACGGAAGCAGCUGAGUUUUCCUGAAGCUCUGAAGAGCUGGAUUGACCUGCGAGUCACUUACAGGCUCUUCUAUAACCGGAAGCCCAAAGGUCUGAGAGGAGCUCUGCUGGACCUCGGCAUCCAGUUCACAGGAAGAGAGCACUCGGGUCUGGUGGACGCGAGGAACACGGCUCUGCUGGCGUGGAGGAUGGUGUUCGACGGCUGUCUGCUGACUGUGACCAAGUCUCUGAGGAGGGCGCUGGUGAAGUCCAGACCUCCGCGUGCAAGCGUCUCCGGUGAGCGUCCCUCAGCGCUGAGUGAGCGACCCGAGCGUAACGAGCAGCAGACGAGUGUGUGUCGAUCGCUCGUGUCGCCGCGCACCGUCCUCUGCAGCACAAACACUCCGCUGUGUGCCGGCGUGUCCAGACCGCUCGGGAAUCUCAGCACACUGGCCGGGCUCUCGGACAUGACCUACGACCCCGAGACUCCAGACGCCUGCUGGCGAGACGGAGUCCUGCUGACCGAGGGGGAGGAGCCUGGCUCCUGUGAUGGUGUGCUCGUGGGGGCGGAGCCUGAGGAGCCUGAUCCCACAGGACCCAGCAAAACCCGGUCAGACCACUACAAACCUGCCAGACCAGCGUCCAGCUCUGCCUGCACACCGCUCCGGCGCACAGACCCGUACGGGCCGCUCUCGCGCUUCUUAGGACGCAGCGGCGCGUCGUUCAGUGUUUAUACAGACCCGCCCCGCACUGUGAGCCUCGCGUCUAAGAUCACGUCUCCUCUGUGCGGCUGCGGCCGGAGGGCCAGGCGUCUGACGGUGGGGAACGGCGGGCCGAACCACGGCCGUGGGUUCUACAGCUGCCCCGUCAGACGACAGAGCUGCGGCUUCUUCAAGUGGGAGUCUGGAUUACUGCAGUCCAGCAAACAGAACCGCAUCAGAACACCACAGACCUGCAGCUCUAGACCCCUCCGGUGAACACUGGAUGCAUCGUGCCUUUAGAUUUGAACAAACCUGCUGAAGAAUUUAUUUAUUAUAAAGAAAACACUUUUUUAAAGUAUUUUUAGAAAUUGUGUCAGGGACAUCUGCAAGCUUAAGCUUAACAUUUCUACAUCCGUUCUUCUGUUUUUGUGAGAGAAUCAGCACAUGAUAUGAUCUCAGAAGAGCACACUGCUCAUUAAAGACAUGACCGCAAGCAUGCAUGUCCAUAUUCAGACUUCAGAUGAUGUGUUUAGCUGUCAGAUACGUCUGUCGUUAUUCUGCAUUACAGCUUCAUGAUUAUGAUGAUGAUCUCAUGAAUUGUGUCUUUGUGAUUUUAACAAACCUGUACAAUAAUAUUUAUAAUAAAUCACAUUUAAUUUGUUCUGUCAGGGACAUGAAAACAGUUGCACGUGGAGACUGCUAUGCUCGUUCUAGUAGGUUUUACAUGCGUAACAUGUUCCUCACAAUAGAUUAUAGAAUGGGUUUUUAACACUUCACUUGAAGCCUGUGUAUAUAAUGCAUUAUUAAAUAUUAUAUCCUUCAGUGCUCUGGUCUUUAAUGGGUAGUGUUGCUCAGCUGGUCUCUACAGAAUCCCUCACAGCAGCUCAAGAGUGUUAAGACUGAGUGAAACACAUGUCCACUGAAGGAUUUUCACCUCGGGAGAAUGAAUAUAUGCAUUGUCAUGUUAAAAAAAAGCCCAAUAAUGCAGGGAAUGAGGGGAGGGUAGCAUC